AUGCGUUACACGUAUCGAUCGUCACUCAUUUCUUUACUGGCCGUUGGCCCCCUCGCAUGGGCCGCUCCUACGCCCGGUCUUCUUGGGACAAUCGCUGAUAGCAUCCUGAACCCCUUAACUGACGCCGUUAAAAGCGUGCUAGAGGGUGACGGUUUUGUUCAAGGCGUUCUGGGCGCUCUCGGCGGUGUACUUGGUGAAGAGGCCGAGUAUGACUACGUCGUCGUCGGUGGCGGCACCGCCGGUAACGCCAUCGGCUACCGACUGGCCGACGCUGGCUACACUGUCGCAAUCCUCGAGGCCGGACUCUACUACGAGAUCGCGAAGCCGGUCCUUGGCACGACGCCAGCCACCGAUAUCAUCGGCAUCGGGGCCAGCAUGCUUGACCAGAUACCGACAGUCGACUGGGGGUUCCACACGACACCACAGACGGGUGCCAACAACCGCGAGGUGCACUACGCCCGGGGAAAGUGCCUCGGAGGCUCGUCGGCCCUCAACUUCAUGAUCCACCACCGAGGCUCUACGGCCUCGUAUCAAAUGUGGGCUGACGAGGUCGGCGACGACAGCUACACCCUGGACAACCUGAUGCCGUACUUCCAGAAAUCCGUCACCUUCACACCACCGAAUGACGACAUCCGCCGCGCCAACGUGUCAACUCAGUAUGAUGCCUCGGCGUUCGGCAACACCGGCGGCCCAGUAGAUGUCGGCUAUACGAACUGGGUAUCCGCCUUUUCAACCUGGAUGGAGAAGGGCAUGGAGGCUAUCGGCAUGAAUCGCACCACAGGCUUCAGCUCGGGCGACCUGUUGGGUUUCCAUUACUUGCAGUCGACCAUGAGCAGUAGCGAUCAGACCCGCAGCAGCAGCGCCGAGUACAUCUACCGAGCCAACGAGACCGGAUCGGAUAAUUUGAAGGUUUACACCCAAACCCUGGUCGAGAAGAUACUCUUCGAUGAAUCCAAGAAGGCCACAGGCGUCCUGGUCAACUCGCUCGGCAUCGAAUACACGAUACAAGCCAAGAAAGAAGUCAUCUUGUCCGCUGGCGCGUUCCAGUCCCCCCAGCUCCUGAUGGUCUCGGGCAUCGGGCCAAGCGAGACCCUGCAGCAAUUUGAUAUCGACGUCAUCUCCGAGCUGAGCGGCGUAGGCCAGAACAUGUGGGACCACAUCAUGUUCGGCCCAGCGUACGAAGUCGAAGUCGACACGCUGGACCGCGUGCUUCACGACCCCGCCGACCUGGCCGACGCACUUGCUUCGUACGUGCUCAACCAGACAGGGCCGCUGACCUCGCCCGUCGUCGACUUCCUUGGGUGGGAGAAGCUGCCGCGGAAGUACCGCGACACGUGGUCAGCCGAGACCAUCAAGGCCAUGGCGCAGUUCCCCGAUGACUGGCCUGAGGUUGAGCACCUUAGUGUGAACGCUUACACUGGUAACUUCAGGUUCCCGGCCCUCCAGCAGCCGCUCAACGGCAACCAGUACGCGACGAUCAUGGGCGCCAUGGUGGCCCCGAUCUCGCGAGGCAACGUGACCAUCACGAGCGCCACGACCGCCGUGCUGCCCGAGGUCAAUCCCAACUGGCUGUCGGCCAAGGCCGACCAGGAGGUCGCCGUCAGCUGGUGGCGGCGCAUGCGAGAGGUCUGGAACACGGACGUGGUUCAGGAGAUCGUCAUCGGCGAGGAGUACUGGCCCGACCUCGGCGUCGAGACCGACGAGCAGAUCCUCGAAGUCAUCCGGGACUCGCUCAUGACGGUGUGGCACGCGGCGGGGACUUGCAAGAUGGGCAAGGAGGGCGAAGCCGAUGCCGUCAUCGACAGCGAGGCCAGAGUUUUCGGCGUCAGCGGCCUCCGCGUCGUCGAUGCGAGCAGCUUCCCUCUACUGCCUCCUGGCCACCCGCAGAGCACCGUCUACGCGCUGGCGGAGAAGAUCGCCGCCGAUAUAAUCAAGGGCGCUGCCUAG